GAAGGGCGUCCGGGCUUGAGAGAAGCAGCUGAGUAUAUUAAGGCACAACUGGAAAGGAUGAAGGAGAGAGCUGGAUCUAAUAUUAGAAUCGAAAUUGAAGAGAAUGUUGUUAGUGGGUCAUUCGCUAUGUUGUUUUUAGGCCACGGCAUAUCAUUUGAUUACAGAAAUCUUACCAAUAUUCUAAUGAGGUAAGUUUCUGAAAUUGAGUAGAACUUUUUGGGUUGGAUUUGUAUAUAUUGUGUUAAAUCCUAAAUCCAAUGAAAGUAGUUGGGGAAAUCCAUUUUCUUGAUUGGUGUUAUAUACUGGUUCUUUUAUAAUGCAUGACCAGAGAAAGAAAUUGUUCAACUUGCACCUGCCAUAUCAUUUACGGUGUCAAAUAUCAAAAUUGUGAGUGAAACUUUGUUUUUCAAGCUUGAUCAUGGAUAAGAAAAUUGAACACAAUAUCAGAAAGUUCUAGUUAAGGUGUUAGACUCAUUAAAAAUGAAAGGAAAGAGUUAUUGAUAUCAUUGUUUACGACAUUUAAAAGUAGUGAUUGGUGAGUAAUUUUUGGCUUAACCAUGGAAUCAAUGUCAAAGGAUUUAUUAGAUUAUAGAUUCCCCAAAACUUUAUAACCUUUGGAGUUGUAGACAAUGAGGCAAUUUGUUUGUCUUGAAGCUUUUAGCAAAUGGUAUUAUCUUCUUUCUUUUAUAUAAUGACAGGAUAUCCUCAAUAGAUUCAAAACACAGCGAUCCAUCAGUUCUAGUUAAUGCUCAUUUUGAUACUACACUUGGUUCUCCGGGUGCUGCUGAUUGUGGUUCAUGUGUUGGUAUCUACAUUGAAUAUUUUAGCUUGAUUGCAGGAAUUAUUUUGGCUAUAUUUUGAACACAUCUAUCUGACGCUUUGUCCUUUGCAGCAUCACUAUUGGAAAUCGCAAGAAUAAUCAUAGACUCUGGAUGGGUCCCACCUCGGCCUAUAAUUUUAUUAUUUAAUGGUGCAGAAGAAUCUUUUUUACUGGGAGCUAAUGGCUUCAUGAGGACCCAUAAAUGGCGUGAUUCCAUAGGAGCUUUUAUCAAUGUAGAAGCGACUGGGACAGGAGGUCUAGAUGUAGUCUGCCAAUCUGGACCUGGUUCUUGGCCUUCGUAUGUCUAUGCUCAAUCAGCCGUAUAUCCCAUGGCAAAUAGUGCAGCUCAGGAUAUUUUCCCUGUUAUUCCUGGAGAUACAGAUUACAGGAUGUUUUCCCAAGAUUAUGGCAGUAUUCCUGGCCUGGAUAUUAUUUUUCUUUUUGGUGGUUAUCAUUAUCAUGCCUCCUCUGAUACAGUGGACCGACUAUUACCUGGUAGCAUGCAAGCACGUGGAGACAAUUUAUAUAGCAUGGUUAAGGCCUUUGCAGAGUCUUCUAAGCUUAAAAAUGACCAUGAAAGGGAAUCCCUUGGUGAUGCUCAUGACUACAAUGAUGAACAAGCUGUUUUCUUCGACUACUUAACUUGGUUCAUGAUUUUCUACUCCAGAAGGAUAGCUUUGAUGCUUCAUAGCAUUCCCAUUGCCAUCUUCCUGAUUAUGCCUUUUUUGUUACGUAUGAUGAAUUAUGGGUUAUAUUGUUGUUUUGUGACCCUCUAUGAUUUUGUAAAAGGAAUGAUCCUCCAUGCUACUGGAAUUAUGCUGGCUAUUAUUUUCCCAGUUAUAUUUUCCAUCCUGAGACUGCUAUUUUCUAGUUAUGGAAUGAACUGGUUUGCUAAUCCCUACUUAGCUUUCUUGAUGUUCACUCCCAUUUCACUUAUUGGUCUGUUGAUCCCAAGAACCGUUUUUCGUGUUCUCCCCCUUUCUCAAGAUGUUUCAAUUCUCAAGACAUCAAAAGAGGCACUAUCUGAUGAGGCAAGAUUCUGGGGAGCAUUUGGAUUUUAUGCUUUAUUAACUUUGGCUUAUCUUUUAGCUGGGUUCACAGGAGGUUUUUUGACCUUUUUCGCAUCUGCUUCUAUGCUUCUAGCCUGGAUCUCCUUUUACCUGUCAAUCAAUUUUUGCGGUCAUCAAUCUGUCAGGUCAACAGUUUUUUAUGUGAUUCCUCUAAUUCCAUGCCUUACACACUCUGUCUAUUUUGGUGGGGCUCUUGUUCAAUUUUUUAUUGAGAAGAUUGGUAUGAUGGGUUCUCUUCCACCUCCUUACGGGUUUUACAUUCCUGAUAUUGCCAUAGCAGCCACAGUUGGUAUCGCUACGGGAUGGAGUCUAGGCCCCCUAAUAUCUAUUUGCGGCAAUUGGUUAGCCAGGUCAUCCAUCUUGCAGUUCUUGCUACAUCUUGGUGUGAUUGCUUGGGCUCUGUCAUCGCAGUUCUUUCCAUAUAGUACAGAUGCACCUAAGAGAGUUAUUCUCCAGCAUUCAUUUCUCACUGCAGAUGCAAAUCAGAUUGUUGAUUCAAGUUAUGACGUGGCCGUGGUGGACUCCAAUUCUAUACUGUUUCUUUUGAAACAUGCACCUGAAGUUGCGAAGGAGUUGCACAUUGGUCCAGAGUUUUCUUUCGAAACCGCUAACAUGUCUAGCCAACGUACUUUCAUGGUAUGUAAUAUUUACUAUCAUGCAUGCCAAGACACUCUUACAAAAUUUACAUAAGCUGCAAUAAUAUGUGGAUUAGAAAGAGAAAAAUUGAGUUCGAUCCCCUUUAAAACCUGGAUGUAUAUAUACUCGCAAAUGCUGCUUCCAUUAGGGUUGAGUGUGAGUAGGGGUGUUAUUGAGUUGUGCUUUAGUUCAAACUCUAAGAAGCUAGAAUUUGAUUCAAAAUUUGACGCUCGAA